CAAAUUUCAUUCCUUCUCUUCUACAAAAUGAAUUCUAAGCAUCAAAUCUCACCACUUUUCCUAACAAUCUUCUUCUUGCUUGUUUUAGGAUGUACUGCUUCACCGAGAAAGAACAUUCGCUCUCGUCGUCCCUGUAAAGAAAUGGUGUUUUAUUUCCACGACAUUAUUUACAACGGCAAGAACUUCAAGAACGCAACUGCAGCCAUUGUAGGUUCACCGGCGUGGGGAAAUAAGACCAUUUUGGCGAAUAAUAACCAUUUUGGGAACGUGGUUGUAUUCGAUGAUCCUAUCACGAUGGACAACAAUCUACACUCGCCUCCUGUUGGGCGAGCACAAGGGUUUUAUAUCUAUGACAAGAAGGAGAUUUUUACUGCUUGGCUUGGAUUCUCGUUUGUCUUUAAUUCAACUGCACAUAAGGGCAGCAUUAACUUUGCGGGGGCUGAUCCUUUGAUGAACAAGACAAGAGAUAUUUCUGUAAUUGGCGGAACUGGAGAUUUCUUCAUGACGAGAGGCGUGGCUACCAUUAUGACAGACUCGUUUGAAGGGGAAGUUUAUUUUAGGCUUCGUGUUGACAUUAAGUUCUAUGAAUGUUGGUAAUUGAGAAACUUUUACUUCUUUAUUUUGUUUGUUUCAGAUUAUGACAGAAGUUCAUGUCUUUUUCAACAAGGCAUAACAAAUGCCAAAUUUUCAUGUUGUUACAUUUCUGUUACGAAUCAAUCAUUUACUGUUAUAUUUCUUUUUAUGGAAAUAAAAAAAAAUAU